ACUCGAACAACCGGUUGGUUGAAAUUAUUACGUUACACAUCUGGGUUUAAUAGUUUCAGCUUGUACUUACUAAACACAAUGUCAAAUAAAUUACUUUUUGGCAAGUCUCUUACCUCUUAUGAUGAUGAAGAUAUUGAUGAAUUGUUAUCCAAGCUUACGCCAGAGGAGCUGGAGCAACUUAAUGACGACUUUGAUCCAGACAAUUCAUUGCUUCCUCCUUCACAGAGAUGUCGUGACCAAACUACAAAAACCCCUACGGGACCUUACGAUCGUGAAAAAUUACUAAAAUAUCUUAUUGAGAAGGCGAAAGCUGAAAAAGAUUGGGAAGAAGCUGUUCCCUAUGAGAAAAAGAAAAGGGGAAAAGUUUAUACACCGAAAGAAACUGUAUCAUCGAACACGCAAAACGAAUUGGCCGAGAUGGGUUUCGAUGUAGAGUUUGAUGAUGACGUAAAUAAGGCUCUUGAAAAUGCUACUGAAGAUGAACUAGUCGAUUUGGCUGCUGUUCUAGGUUUUACUGGAAUGUUAAAUCAAGUACAAUUUCAUGCUAGUUUAGAAGGACGUAAAUUGGAAAUGGGUGGAUUUUCUGGUGUAGCUAAAGCUGAACGCCCUAAAAUUAUACCAGAUGAACCACCGAAUACAACAGAUGUAGAGGAUUGUAUAAAACAACUGGAAAAUAACAAUGAACAAUUGACUAAAUUAAAUUUAAAUAAUAUUAAAACAAUGAGUGCUGAAGUAGUACAACGUUUAUGUGCGGCUCUAACGAAAAAUACUAAAUUAAUUGAAUUGCAUAUGGCAGCAACACGUUUAACCAAUGCAAUGGCUGAACCAUUCUUUGAUAUGUUACAAAAAAAUACAACAUUAAAAGUAUUAAAUUUAGAAUCGAAUUUUUUAACUGGUGUUAUCCUUAUUCGUCUGUUAGAAUCAAUUGCCCAUGAAAAAAGUGGUAUCACUGAUUUACAUUUAGCCAAUCAACGUCAAUCUGUACUUGGUGUUAAAACAGAACAACAUUUAACUGAAUUAAUUUUAGCCAAUCCACGUUUAAUUCGUUUAGGUUUAGAUUUAGAUACUAGUGAUGCACGUGUACGUACUAGGGAACAUGUUAAAACUAAUUUGGAUCGUGUCUCACGGCAGUUAAGACGUAAUAAAAAUUAAAUUCUCAUGUGACAACUAUAUAUACAUAUAUAAGUACAUUUGAAAAAAAUUUACUUUACUGAUUCUUACUUUGAUUUCAAAAAUAUUUAUUUAUUUUUCCCGGGUAUUUCGUUUGUUUUUUUAAAGAAAAAAUACGUUACAGAAAUAAGCUUAGUAUUAUUAUUUAGUGAAUGUACAUUGUGCACAUGGCUCUCUCUCUCUACUAUGUGUGUGUGUGUGUGCGUAUUCAGUUAUUCAUUGUCUUGUUUUGUGGUUCAAUGUGUAUUGUAUUUUAGUUGGCCAUAAUUAUUUGAUUGCAAUUUACACGCGCUAGCAUAAUCAUUAUCGUCAUAUACCUGUAAUUAAUAACUGACUCCUCCCUUCGUUUUUUUACAAUUGUCAUUUCCCCGAUUAUUCAGUAUUGAAAAAUAUAAAGCACUAACCAUUUCGAAGUAUAUUCGUACUAGUAGUAGUGGUGAUUAGGAAAUUUUUUAACUUUGGUUCAUUUCAUUCUCAUGAUAAUAUUUUGGCGCGCGCGCGCACAAUUAUGUGAAUGUUGUGUGUGAAUUGAAAGUUUUCAAGAAUGUAACAACAAUCAUUGUUGUUGUUUAAAGACUGUAACGAUAAUUAUCGUUGUGUUGAACAUCUUCUUA